UAUGCAAAUUAGAGAGAAAAAAAGACAGUAUGGUCUGCGCUUUUGGCCUUCUGAUGGACCGGUUUGUUCGCCUUACAACUUUGAAAACAAAGUACAGUUUUCAUUCUGUGACUCGCUGAACUGGAUGUUAACCAAACAGACUCCCGACAUGAAUACAAUCAGUGAAGACUUUUUGACGUGCCCUAUAUGUAAAGAUGACUUUACCGACCCACGUGCGCUGCCCUGUCUUCAUGCCUUUUGUAAAACAUGUGUGUCCGAUCAUAUCAACAAGUCCACUAAAGGUCAAAGGGCACCAAAGGGUUUUGACUGCCCUGUAUGCAAGCGUUACGUUGACGCACCUGAUCCACAUCAAACUCCAGGCACGUGGGCAGAAAGACUGCCCACCAGCCAUCUGAUCAAUAGUUUGAUGGACAACGUUCGUCUGCGAAAUGACGUCAGUAAAUGCGACCCCUGCUUCCGCCGGAAGGACAAGGUUAUUGCCACGAAAUGGUGUAAGGAAUGCGGAGAAGCACUUUGUGACCAAUGCGUUUCAUUCCAUAAAUCGUUGAAAUACUCGCAUAACCACACUUUGAUGGAAUUUGAAGAGCUUAGACAGCAGCCAAUCAAGAAUACUUUACCGAGACCACCAUGCCCGCAACAUGAAAAUACAACUCUUGGUUUCUUUUGCGAGGACCACCAGAAAGUCUGCUGCUCAUCGUGUGUUACGGUCGACCAUAGAAAAUGCUCCCAUGUGACUACAAGCGUCGACGCCGCUGCUAAAUAUAGAAAUGAGGUCGACACGCUCACUGAAAAGUUACGACACCAAAAUGGCUGGUCAGCAAGAAUAAUGGAGAACCGACAACAUAGCAUGAAGCUUCUGGAUGACGCGGAAGCUCAGCUGAAAAGUCAGAUCAUCAGUAUCAGACAGCAGUUUGACGAACUCCUGCGCACGCAGGAAAAGCAAAUGCUUGACGAUCUGAAAGCGAUAAAGACAAAAGAAAGGCAUAGAUACGAAAAGGAAGUUGCAAAAUGUGAAGAGAUGAUUUGCACGACCGGAAAUGCUUUAAACAUUGUAAAGAACUCACUUCAGCAUGGUACCGACUCAGAUAUCCUUCUUUCUGUGAACAGUGUCAAAAAGGAAGCAAAAAACUGUGACAGAAACUUAGCCGAAUUAUCCAAAACCUUAACAGACAUUUUAUUAAUAUUUACACCUGAUCGUAUGCUAUCGCAAGUCCUUGGUUCACUAAAGGAAAUCGGGAAGAUAACCUUUAGCCACUCACAUGUACACGUGCAGCCGCCAUAUAAUCUUAACGUCCAGAAUUCCAGUAUUGACUCAGAACCGGAAACAGAGCGCUUGACACCGGAAACACCCAUUCAAGAGAAAGAGAGGUCCAUCACACACAGGAGAGUUCCAGACGACAGAAAACUCGUUGAUGAUACUCCGCGUUCAUCGAGGAUGUCCCAACAAUCCAAAACAAGUUCAAGAAGAUCACGUCACUCGCCAAUGUUGAAUACGUCACGCAGUACGGCCAUGACUAACUCUAGAAAUUCAAUAUCAAAAUUUCUAGAGGACUCUCCGCGCUCGAAGGCAUCGAGGAAUUCGGAUAUUUUCCAUGCUACCAUUGACGCCAUUGAGGACGAGAAACCUUCACGCACAAACAGUCGUCUGCUCUCACCCAUGACGCCAAUGGCUCGUGGUUCAGACCGACGUAUUAGCAGCAAUCCUGCUUCUCUAGAGUUCUUUUUCAAGGCACGAACCGCUCAGGAUCGCGAAAACUGCAUACUGACUGGCGCCACCUAUUUGUCAGAUGGUCGAAUUAUUCUGGUAGAUCAAAUGCUGAGAAAAUUGAAAUUGUUUGACCAGAACUACCACUGGGUAGGAGAGAAAGUACUUCCGGCCAGACCAUACGAUAUCUGUAAUGUCACAGAUAAUGAAAUAGCUGUCACGUUUCCAAGAGAAAAGAAAAUACAAGUCUUUUCAGUGCGACAGACGGACUUCCUCCCAACAUUUACUAUCAAUACAGGGGCUAAAUGCUGGGGUAUAGCUUUUAACGCCUCCUACAAAAGAUUUGCUGUCUGCUGUUACACGCAGCCGCCAUGUAUCAAAAUAUUCUCAAGGAGUGACGGACGUGAAAUCAGAUCUUUGUCACGUGACAGAACCGGUGUUGAGCUCUUCUUCUUCCCAGACUACGUUGCUAUUGACAAUGCAGGGCGCCACCUGUAUGUAACGGACAAAUACAAGAAGUCUGUGAUCGGGAUAACGAUGGAAGGGGAGAAACGCUGGGAAUGUAGCUAUCAAGGGCUCAAGAACCCACGUGGGAUAUGUGCUGUCGGAAACCGUAUCUAUGUUGCCGGAUGCCGUUCUCAUACCGUUGUAUUGUUGAGUACAGACGGUGAGAUUAUUGGUGACGUCAUUAUUGAAGGAAUAUCUUUCCCGAACAAGAUAUGUCUGAGUCCUCACGCUGAUCGUCUGCUGGUUACUCAGUUUCAGGGAACGCUUAUUGACAUAGAGAGAAACACUGUGAAAAUAUAUAGACUUGAUUGAUCAUUUACUAUAUGAACACUGAAAAUAUAUAGAUUUGAUUGAUCAUUGACUGCGUGAACACUGAAAAUAUAUAGUCUUGAAUGAUUACUGACCACUUGAACACUGUACAAAUAUAUAGACUUGUUUGAUUAUUGAUUGCAUGCA